AUGGCUAAAGUUCAAAUUGUUUCUUUUGUUCUUCUUAUGGGGAUUCUCAUUUCUUCAUUUGGCUUCAAUGGUACUCUAGGACAAGAUACUCCUAUGCUCCUAGCAUGUUGCAAGAGCACAAAGCGUCCAGAUUUAUGUCCUCAUUCAGACUCAAAUCCCACUAAAUGCAACGCCGAGUGUAAAAAAGGGCCUUGUAGAGGAGGUAUAUGUAAAAAUGAAGGUGGUCCUCAUAUCAAAGUUAGAUGUUCUCUCUAUGCAGAUGCUUUGUUUGAAUUAGCUAGCAAGUUUUUUGAUUGGGUUCCUCUGUCUUUUCGCAUUGCUUCUACUAUAUAUUGUCAAAAAAAGAGAGACAAAAUUAAAAGAAGAAUGGCCAAAUUAGUUCAAGUUGUUUCUGUUGUUCUUCUUGUGGGGAUUCUCAUUUCUUCUUUUGGCUUCAAUGGUACUCUAGGAGAAGAUUCUCUCCUUAGAUGUUGCAAGGGCACAAAUCGUCCAGAUUUAUGUCCUUAUCCAAUCUCAGAUUUCACUAAAUGCAACGACGAGUGUAGAAAGCACCAUUAUAGAAGAGGUGGAUGGUUUCAUGAAAAUGGUCCUGUUUGUCUAUGCUUCAAUGAGACUUUAGGACAAGAUUCUUCUAUGCUCCUUGCAUGUUGCAAGAGCACAAAGCGUCCAGAUUUAUGUCCUCAUUCAGACUCAAAUCCCACUAAAUGCGAUGCCGAGUGUAAGAAAGGGCCUUGUAGAGGAGGUAUAUGUAAAAAUGAAGGUGGUCCUAAGGAAAAGGAAAAGCAAAUUGAUGAUUUCAAACGUGUCUUUAUUGAGAAGGUGGUUGAAGAAAAUGCCAUUCUACCAUGCCCUAUAGAACAUGAAGGCUUCGACACAGUUGGUUUAGCUGUAAACAAUUUUGUAGCUUGGCCAAAGAACCUAAUCAACAUACAUCCAGAUGAUUUAGCGAAGAUGAAAGGAAAGAAGAAAGUUUCAAGAGAUCAUUUGGCUCCACCGACUCAGCCACCGAUAAACCCAAAGGGGCCUAAUAAACAGUCUGUCAAACGGUACAUUCCCCCUGCAAAGACACAAUUAUUGUCUGGACUUUCAGAGAUUGUGAAGAAUUGGCCUGCUAAGAAAUCAAAGAGAUACUAUAUUAAACCGGAAGUGUUUGGAGGAGAAGGCCAAGAGUGUUGGAUCAGCGCUGACGAGGUGGAAGAUGUGUGCGAGCUCCAUAUGAUUGGAAAUACUGUUAUGUCUCUUUGGUGCAGUUAUUUGCAAGAACACACACUUAAUCUUGGUGGGCUGACGAAUACAUAUGCAUUUAAUAAUCCUGCUUCAGUAUCAACUGAAGUUGGUAAACUCAAACAACGUUCAGAGAAUCUAUGUCAGCGAAUGAUGGGUAUGCAACCUGAACAAUGGUUGAUAUGUCCGUGGAAUUCAGGUGAUCACUGGUUGACAAUUAUGAUUCAUGCCAAUACUCAAAGUGUUGCAUAUCUUGACUCGACGAAUGACUUUAUCCGAACUGAUAUUAUGAAAUGUAUCCAAAAUGCUGUGGACAUGUACAGGAUUGAAAAAAAUAUACGAAACAAGGGUCCAGUAAAAAUCAACCAAUACACGUGUCGACAGCAGCCGGAUGGAAUACAAUGUGGUUAUUAUGUUAUGAAGAUUAUUCAGAGUUUCAUGACGGUUGUUAAUCCUGCAAGUUUUUUGAAAAAUCAUUUCAAGUUAGACGCUCCCUAUAGUAACGAGGAGAUCAAUGCCGUACGGGAUGAGUUGGCCGAAUUUGUGAAGCCAUUGAUUAUAGAUUAAGUACUUAAGGUUACUACACUUUUGAUAUAAUACAUGAGUAACAAGUUUUAUGAUUAUUGUUAUCUUUUGCAUAUAUUAUUAGUUUAUAUUUAGUUUACGAUAUACAUGGAAUUUAAGUUUUAGAAUCGAUUUUAUUAACAAUUUUGGUAUUGUGUGAUUAGUUAAUAGAAUCGAUUACUAAUUUAAUAUAAGUUUCAAAAAUGUUAUUUUAAUU